AUGGCCACUGACAGUGAACCUCCAGAGGUGCUCCCGCCAGUAGGCAAUGAAGCCGUCGCCGCUCAAGUCGAUGAAGCAGAAGCAUGCAUUCCUGCGUCGACGAAGACAUUCCCGCUCGCAGAAGGAAUGUCUCUCUCGUAUUGGCUUCAAGGCGUGAGGUCAAAUCCUCUGCUGGACCACCGGUCUUCGGAAGAGAUACCCGCGGAAGCAGACGUGGUCAUUAUUGGCUCUGGUUUGACCGGGACGCUCACGGCGUAUGAGCUGUUGAAGAGCGAAAAGCCACCAGGGAAGAUCGUUUUGUUGGAGGCUAGGGAGCUGAGCUCCGGCGCCACAGGGAGGAACGCAGGGCAUUGCAAGCCAGACCAGUUUCGUGGGUUUAGCGGGUAUCAAAAGCAAUUUGGAACGGAACAGGCUUUGAAGAUACUGGCGAACGAGCAAGCAACAUGGAAACGACUCGUUUCGUUCGUUCGUGCGGAAAACGUUGACUGUGAUCUGUGGGUUGGAAAGACCCUGGAUGUCACUAUGAGCCAAGAGAUCGCAGACAAAGCGACGAAGUCCUUCGAAGACUUCAAAGCGGCUGGCGGCCCAACUGGGCAUAUUGAACACAUAACAGACCGCGAAGAAGCCGUCAAGCGCUCAAGGAUCAAAAGCGCCGUCUCAGUUUUCGCCUGGGACGCCUCGACGCUUUACCCAUGGAAACUCGUUGCCCAUAUCAUGAAACUCAACCUCGCCAUGGGUCUGAAUUUCCAGACGUGGACCCCCGCGACCUCUAUCUCCGAAUCUACAGACAAACCUGGUCAAUGGAUAGUCAACACCGACCGAGGUUCGAUCACGACACCCACAGUGGUCCAUGCCACAAACGCAUACGCUUCAGCCAUCCUUCCCGAGUUUAAGACUUUCAUCCGGCCUACGCCACAUAUGUGCAACAAAGUCAUCCCACCGCGCUCCUGGUCCGGCCUCAAAUCCCUCCAAAACUCGUACGGUGUCCUGACUCCCAACGGAUCCCUCUUCUCCAUCAACCCCCGCUGCACCGCCGAUGGUAUCGUCCUAUUUGGAGGAAGCAAUCCCGCGCAACAUAAGCUUAUGGAAUACAUCAAUGAGAAGCCAGACGAGAGGCGGGUCGACGACGGGCUUAUAAACUUCGAGCCUGUGACGGAGGCCGUUAAAGAAUUUGCUGAAGCCGAGUUCGAAGAAUGGGGGAAUACGCCUGGCCCCGGGCAAGGAUACGAUUACUCAUGGAGUGGGAUCAUCGGCAACAGCGCCGAUGGUGUACCGUACAUAGGCGCAGUACCUGACAAACCAGGACAAUGGAUCUGUGCAGGCCAUAACGGCCAUGGCAUGGCUCGGAUUAUGACCGCUGCCCCAGGCCUCGUCAAGCUUAUGCAAGGAGGAAGUUGGGCAGACACAGAGCUUCCGGAGUGUUAUGAGAUCACGAAGGAGAGGCUGACUCGUCUGCAAGAGAAGAUGGAAAAGGACGGUGUGGCUGGUUUCCCUCGACUCGCUGGUGUAAAGCAACCCGAGACGAAGAGUACUGGGUCUGGUUGUAUUGUUGCGUAG